AUGAGCAGCAGCCGAACAGGCCGCUUAUCCGGGCCGCGCCUCCUUUUAUCUACCCCUUCACCUUGUCUCUGCUCCCUCCCCUUUCGGCCUCUUUUUUCCUCCCCCUCCCCUUCCUUCCGUCCCUCUUCCUCCCCUUUCCCCCCCACCCUCUCCCCCCACUCUCCCCCACCCGCCCUUUUCGCCCGUUCUCCACCAUCUCCCAUAUUGCCCCAUUCGCGAACUCAAGACGUCGCGGAUUUGCUGCUGCGCGCGCUGCGGCGGUCGAACGAGGUGACGCUGCUGGCGCCGUCGCCCGACGCGGCGAAGGCGGAGCUGCCCGACGGCUCGCCAUUGGUGAAGAGCAAGAAGACGAUGCGCCGCCUGCUGCGCUACUGCCUCAUAUUGGGCCGCCUCGUUUCCUACACCAACCUCGUCGAGGAUCCUGCGGGGACCAAGUAUCCGACAAUGUACGGGCAGCCGCAGGUCAAAUCCGCAGAAAGUUCUUUUUUCACGGUGUACUUCCGAACGCCCUCGGGAAAAGAGAACAGCACGCUCGUAGCCCCCAACCUGUUUGAGGGGAAGUUCCUCCAGGUACACCUUGUAUCGGAUGUGCUUAUACCGGAUGGGUUUUUCGGCUCCCCGUCCCCACCACCGGAGGAAGACGAUCCGGUUGAUCAGACGCCGCCGACGGAAACGGGCAGCGCCGGCGCGGCGUCUACUCCGCCGGCUCCCCCGCCGCCCGCGCUCACGGGCAUGACACCCCGCACACCAUGA